AUGGCCACUACUGCCGAGGUCGGGAACGUCUCCGCCGCCCCGGAAGCGGAGACGAUGCAGCUCCGCCUGGCGUCCGGCAACGGCCCCAUCACGCGGACCAUCCGCCGCACGCCGCUCCGGGACGCGUCGCCGUCCGAGAUCCCUCUCAUCGACGCCUCGCCCCUGUUCAGCGACUCGUUGGCAGAUCGCCAGGGCGUGGCACGCAAGAUGCGUGAUGCGGCCACCAACAACGGCUUCUUCUACAUCAGCGACCACGGUAUCCCGGCCGAGGUGACGGACAGCGCGCACGAGGCGUGCCUGGGCUUCUUCCGCCAGGGCAUGGAGGUCAAGACGAAGACGGACGCGAACAAGGGCAUACUUCACAACGGAUACCGCGCGCCGGGCACGCAGAGACUCAACCCGGCCGAGGGCGUCGACGUCCGCGAGGCGUACAGGAUUCGCUACGAUCCUCGCAUGGACCCGGCCGUUGCGGACCCGUCGAGCAUCCCGGAGCACGCGGCCAAGUAUUUACAUGCCCCCAACUCGCCCUGGGAGAGCACGGAGAAGUUGCCACACUUCAAGGAGUCGUUUGUGCGCUACUUCCAGGCCAGCCUCGUCCUGGCGCGCGCUCUGACCCGGGCCUUUGCGCUGUCACUGGGACUCGACGAGGACGCCUUUGACGACAAGGUGCAAUACCCAAACGCCUCGUUUGCGCUCAACUACUAUCCCCCUCUCCCCGGAGGCAGCGAUAGCAGCGGCGGCGGCGGCGACAAGGCCACGGCGACGUUGGCGCCAGGGGAUCCCGACGCGCGCGUGUCCAUCGGGUCGCACACCGACUUCCAGCUCUUCACGAUCCUGUGGCAGGACGACAACGGCGGACUGCAGGUGCUGAACCGCCAGGGCCAGUGGAUCGGGGCGCGGCCGGUGAAGGGCACCUUUGUGGUCAACAUCGGCGACUACAUGCAGCACAUCACCAACGGCCUGUACGUGAGCACGGUCCACCGCGUGCAGAACUGGAGCGGGCGCGAGAGGGUGAGCAUCGCCUUCUUCUGGGGCUUCGGGCUGCACGACAGCUGUCGCGUGCUCGACAGUUGCGUGGCCGAGGGGGAGGAGAACAAGUACGACGAGAUGAGGUGCAUAGACUGGUUCAACCGCAGGUUCGAAAACAUGCUGGAUUUGAGCGAGCAAAAGUGA